CCCCCGGCUGCCAUGAGCUGCCCCAUCGCCAAGAGCCGCUCGCUCGUCGCCCUCCUCCAGCAGCUGGGCCACCUGGGGCAGCCCCCCAGACCGGUGGCGUCGGCGGCGUGCGCACCCCCCCGGCCGCGGGAGGUGCCCCUGUGCCCGCCCGUGGAGCCGGGCGAGGCGCAGAACGCGGCCGCCCUGCCGGGCCCCACCAACUGGCCGCUGCUGGGCAGCCUGCUGGAGAUUCUCUGGAAGGGGGGCCUCAAGAAACAGCACGACACGCUGGCCGAGUACCACAAGAAGUACGGCAAGAUCUUCCGCAUGAAGCUGGGUUCCUUCGACUCGGUGCACCUGGGCUCGCCGUGCCUGCUGGAAGCGCUGUACCGCACGGAGAGCGCGCACCCGCAGCGGCUGGAGAUCAAGCCCUGGAAGGCCUAUCGCGACUAUCGCGAGGAGGGCUACGGGCUGCUGAUCUUGGAAGGAGAAGACUGGCAGAGGGUCCGGAGUGCUUUUCAGAAAAAACUAAUGAAACCAGUAGAAAUUAUGAAGCUGGACAACAAAAUCAAUGAGGUCUUGGCUGAUUUUAUGGGGAGAAUAGAUGAGCUCUGUGAUGAGCGAGGCCGCAUUGAAGACUUAUACAGUGAACUGAACAAAUGGUCAUUUGAAAGCAUCUGCCUUGUGCUCUAUGAGAAGAGAUUUGGACUCCUUCGGAAGAAUGCGGGGGAUGAAGCUCUGAACUUCAUCAUGGCCAUCAAAACAAUGAUGAGCACGUUCGGGAGGAUGAUGGUAACCCCGGUCGAGCUGCACAAGAGCCUCAAUACCAAGGUGUGGCAGGCCCACACGCUGGCCUGGGACACUAUUUUCAAAUCAGUCAAAUCUUGUAUCGACAACCGCUUAGAGAAAUAUUCUGAGCAGCCCAGCACGGAUUUCCUCUGUGAUAUUUAUCACCACAAUCAGCUUUCCAAGAAAGAAUUAUAUGCGGCUGUCACGGAGCUCCAGCUGGCUGCCGUAGAAACGACGGCAAACAGCCUAAUGUGGAUUCUCUACAAUUUAUCCCGUAAUCCCCAUGUGCAACAAAAGCUUCUUAAGGAAAUUCAGAGGGUAUUGCCUGAGAAUCAGAUGCCCCGGGCAGAGGAUUUGAGGAAUAUGCCAUAUUUAAAAGCCUGUCUCAAAGAAUCUAUGAGGCUUACCCCAAGUGUGCCAUUUACAACUCGGACUCUUGACAAGGAAACGGUUCUGGGUGAAUAUGCUUUGCCCAAAGGAACAGUAUUGAUGCUAAAUACCCAGGUGUUGGGAUCCAAUGAAGAAAAUUUUAAAGAUUCAAGUCAGUUUAGGCCCGAACGAUGGCUUCAGGAGAAGAAAAAGAUUAAUCCUUUUGCACAUCUUCCAUUUGGCAUCGGGAAAAGAAUGUGCAUUGGUCGCCGACUAGCCGAGCUCCAGCUCCACUUGGCUCUCUGCUGGAUCAUCCGCAAAUAUGACAUCGUGGCCACGGACCACGAGCCUGUGGAGAUGCUGCACCUGGGCAUCCUGGUGCCCAGCCGGGAGCUCCCCAUCGCUUUCCGCCAGCGGUAAGAGCCUCAGGUUUUUUUUUUACCAUGACCAAGAGCAACAAUUUUUACCCUCCAAUAAGAAUGUGCUCAUUGCUUCUGCGUUACUGGAAAGCAAACUUCAAAGACCAGAACAUGAAAUAGCACAUGAAGAACAGUUAGAUCCAGGUGUUUAUACUCUUUCUUCAGUACAAUUGUUCUAGAAGGCACUAUCUGUGUAGGUGAUGGUACUUAAUAAGAUUAUAUCUUACUCAGGAAAGCAGAUUGAGUGUUGGAAUACAAGGUGCUCUACAGGGUAUACUGCUGGCUUACUUGAACCAAUGUUAGCACCAUCUUGGCUACAUAGAAUUACUAACAAUCCUGUUUUCUCUUGCAUCUUCCAUGACAUGGCAGGGAAGCUGGGCAUUCAUCAGUCCAGUAAAAGUCACUAAAUGUACCUGUCCCUGCCCUACCUUAUUCACUGCUUGGUUCUUUACUUCUCAAAAGUAAGUUUACAUCUCACAAUGAAAGACCUAUGGUAUGGCAGCUAAAUUGUCUGUGGCUUGAGGUCAUAGUGACAGUCCAUUUAUUGUAACUCUGUUUAACCUAAUAUCUGGGAAAAUACUGGUUUAUAACGAAAGUGAAGCUAAAUGUUAAAAUUAUGAGGUCUCUGUGAAACUGCAUUUCUCCUGUUUUGAGACUAUAGCAUUAUUGGGAAACUCGAGAAUAACUCUAUUUUAAGAAGUGCUUUGAUGAAGUCAGAACUUCUUAUCUAAGAAUACCUUAAUGAUUCACUGUGGCAUUUUUUAUGUCAAAAGAUCCUGAAAUUAUUUAUUUAGCUAAUGGAUUUCCUCUAUGGCAUUAAGAAGUAGAUCAGUAGCUUUUAAAUUUUGUAUGUGUGCAUGUGGGUGUAAUGUAAUGACAAGUUGCUUAGAUCAUCUUGAAAUAUAUAUAUAUAUAUAUUUCUUAUUUAGGAUCUGAUUUAUAUCUGAUUUAGAAUCUAUGAUUUAGGACAAUGUCCUAAAGUCCAGUUACAGUUUAAAAAUAUUCAGUGAUUUCCCAUGCUUUAAUUUCCCCCUUUGUAGGAUAAAACAGUAGGAAAGUGGGCACUAUAGAUUAACUGUAUAAACCAUAUUAUGUGAUUUGAACUCUUUGAGAAAAUACAGAGUCAUGGUAGAAAAUGCAUAGAGUUUUGUACAGUACUUAAAACUUUGGAAAAAAAUUGUUUACACACUGUUUAUUUUUACAUAUGUUUACUUCUAUUUUUCCUAAAAAUAUACUAUAUAUUUCUGUAUAUUUGAUAAAGAUUUCCCUUUUUAGGUUAUAUCUUUAGAGUAUUUCAGAAGUAUACAUUUAUAUCAUUCUAUUUGAAUGAAUAUGUACAUAUCACUAAAACAGGUGCAUGGUUUCUCCCUACUGUGAAAUUAAUUUUAGAAUCACAAAGCCACAUGUGUUGUCAGAUCUCAUCUAUUGUCUUAGAAUUCUCUGAAAAUAAAAGUUUUGAAAUAUUCGGGAA